AUGGGACAAAAAGAUCAAAAACAACUAAGCAAAGAACAAACCAGAAUCCUCCAAGAGGCAUUUAACGCAUACGACGUCGACAAUACCGGCUCAAUAUCCACGGAAGUAGUUGGCGAAAUUCUCGAAACGCUAGACGUAAAACUGACAGAAGAUGAACUCGAUGACAUUAUCGACGAAUUUGACGAAGACGAAUCUGGCGAACUGGAUUUCAACGAGUUCAUUGAGUUAGCAAAGCGAUUUAUUGAGCCCGAAGAGGACUACGACAACCUACGGAAGGAAUUGAGAGAAGCUUUUAUGUUGUAUGACAAAGAUGCUCGAGGCUACCUGACACUCGACACAUUUAAAGAAAUUUUGCGAGAGCUUGACGGAGCCAUUCCCGAGGAAGAAAUCGACGAUAUUGUAGAUGAAAUUGAUGCUGAUGGCUCUGGCACAGUCGAUUUCGAAGAAUUUAUGGAAGUGAUGACAGGAGAAUAGAGAAUGAAUUUUAGUACAAAACAUAAAAAUGAGAC